AUGUCUGUAAAUAAAAAUCUAUUUUCAUUACAAAAUAGUAGAAAAAAUCUCUCUCUUCUCUCUCUCUCUCUCUCUCUCUCUCUCUCUCUCUCUCUCUCUUUCACCCUUUCAUUUAUACACAAGUCUUCGUCUUUUCACGCACUUCGUUGUCGUCUUAUCACACCUAAUCUUUCUUCUUCUUCUUCUUCUUCCACAUUACUCCUUUUCUUCUUCCUUCUCCUCCGUCUCUUAUUCCUACACCUUUCCCUUCUUCGUCGUAGUCGUCUUCUCAACACAUUCUUCUUCUUCUUCUUCUUCUUCUUCUUCUUUCACCUUCCUCACUCGCCCUCUUCCUCUACUCUCACACGCCUUCCCCUUCUUCGUCUUAUUAUAACAUUUCUUCAUUCCAGAUAUUCAUCAUGCUUUCACGCCUAUCUCAUUUCCUUUCGUCAUUUUUGUACAUUUUCUCUAAAUUCUUUCAAUCACGGAGAGCAUUUGGGCCAGCGGUUUAGAAUCUAUGCAUUUUCGUCAAGAAAAUGA